AAUAAUAGGCACACAUUUUUCGGAUUUUUUUUUUUAUCAUUGACUGUCCCGUAUUGUCGUUUUUAGUAUUUGCUUUUCGUUAUAGAUUACAUAGCCGCAGUGUAACCAUUUUAUCUAUUAUUGUAGUAAUAACACAAAUUAUGUGAUUAUAUGACCAUAAUCCUCACGAUUCUUAUUUUCUUCAACUCAAAAAUUGUUCAAGAACUUUUAUGUACUAAAUAAUAAUUAUUUUCUCUAUUUUAUAGUAUUGGUGAUUAUUAAAUAUUGUACUAUGUUACUGACGCGGAAAAUGUUAUAAAUUACAUCUACAUGAGAAUUAUAUACAAAAAUUAAUAUUUUUAAUUAACUACAGAUUAAAAUGUCUGAUUCGGGCCAUUUCAAAAAAUAUAUAGCGGAGCAAAAGCUCAAAGCUUUUUCAAUUGGAGCUAUGGGAAAAACGCAACCAUCAAAAAAAGAAAUCAAUGAACAAAAGAAAAAAGAAGAAGAACAUGCUGCUGCCCAAGCAUUUGAAGAAUUUGUGGCUACAUUUCAAAAUGAAGGAAAAAAAUCUAGUAAAGUUUGGGUUAAAGCAGGCACAUAUGAUGCAGGAAAAAGACAGGAAGAUACAAGAGAAAAGGGUAAAUUGUACAAACCACAAGCUCGAGGAAGUUCAGACAACAUAGAUAAGGAUGAUUUAUCACGUUUUAUGGGAGAAAAAAAAUCUGAUAGAUCUACCUCGAAAAAAAAAAGAGAUGGUGAAAAAAAAAAAAGUAAUCUAGAACUAUUUAAAGAAGAACUUAAAAUGAUUCAAGAAGAAAGAGAAGAAAGGCAUAAAUUUAAAGGAGUUUUACAAAAAACAAUUGAAGAUCCCGAAAUCAAAAAUCUAAUUAUGGUUGAGCCAGAUGAAAUUAAAGGUUCAUUUGAUUCUGGUGAUCCAAAUACUACAAAUUUAUACUUGGGAAAUUUAAAUCCAAAAAUUACUGAAGCUCAGUUAAUGGAAGUUUUUGGUAAGUAUGGGCCUUUGGCUAGCAUUAAGAUAAUGUGGCCUCGAUCAGAUGAAGAAAAAGCUAGAGGUCGAAACUGUGGAUUUGUGGCUUAUAUGAGUCGAAAAGAUGGUGAAAGAGCAUUAAAAAAUCUAAAUGGGAAAGAUGUCAUGUCUUAUGAAAUGAAAAUGGGUUGGGGUAAAUGUGUACCAAUACCUCCUCAUCCUAUUUACAUACCUCCAGCACUGUUAGCUAUUACAUUACCACCUCCUCCAUCUGGUUUACCCUUCAAUGCUCAACCAAUUUUAUUCAACAAAGAUAAAAAAGGACAUGGACGUUUUCGUAAUGAUGGAAGUUUUUUUGAUAGAAGUCAACCUUUAGAAAAAAUAUUACCUCAGACAAUUAUCAAAGUAGUUAUACCUACAGAAAGAAAUCUUUUGAUGCUUAUACAUCAUAUGAUUGAAUUUGUCAUACGUGAAGGUCCCUUGUUUGAAGCUAUGAUUAUGAACAAAGAAUUAAAUAAUCCGACCUUUCAGUUUUUGUUUGAUAAUGUUUCUCCAGCACAUCUAUAUUAUAGAUGGAAAUUAUUUUCCAUGUUACAAGGAGAUUCACCUAAAGAAUGGCGUAUUGAAGAUUUUUGUAUGUUUAAAGGUGGAUCCAUUUGGAGACCACCACCAAUGAAUCCUUAUACUGCUGGUAUGCCUGAAGAAUUAUUACCAGAAGAAGAUUUAAUUACAAGAACUAAAGGAACAUUAAGUGUUUCACAAAGAGAACGUUUUGAAGACCUUAUUAGAAAUAUGACACCUGAUCGGUUAAAAGUAGCAGAAGUUAUGGUCUUUUGUGUAGAGCAUAGUGAGGCUGUUGAUGAAAUAUGUGAUUGUAUUCAAGAAUCUCUUUCUAAUAUUAAUACUGCCAUACAUAAAAAAAUAGCUCGCUAUUAUUUAAUAUCUGAUGUUCUACAUAACUGUGGCUUAAAAAUAAUAAACGCAACUCAAUUUAGAAGAGGAUUCGAAACAAGAUUAUUUUCUAUAAUGAAUGAAGCUCACAAAACCUUUAAAAAUUUAGAUGUAAACCAAGCAGAAGGCUUUAAACAUCGUAUGAUGCAAAUGUUUCAUGCUUGGGAAGAAUGGGAUAUAUAUCCUAAAGAAUUUUUAUACAAGUGCCAAAACACAUUUCUUGGAUUAUCUUUGAAUGAGAUACCCCCCAAAUCAAUUUUGGAUGAAUCAAAUUAUAAUGCAAGCUCAAAUUUUAAACCUUCUAAUGACGAGGAAAAUAUAGAUGGUGCUCCUAUAUCAGAUACUGAAAAUGUAGAAAAUGAAGAUUUAGAUGGUGUUCCUUUAGAUGGUGCUGCACUUUUAAAACAUGCUUAUAAUGAUGCUACACCUGGUGAAACUGAUAUUGAUGGUGUACCAUUGUUAGAUGAAGAUAUUGAUGGUGUACCGUUAUCUGGAGAACUUUCAGAAGAAAAUAUAAAAGCAGCAGCAUUUGUCCCAUCAAGAUGGGAAACAGUAGAUCCUCAAGAAGCAGAAGAACAAGCAAUGACCACUAGUAAAUGGGAAAUGCUAGAAAAAGAAAAUAAAGAUGAAUUUGGAGAAUCUACUAGAUCUCUUGGUCAUGAUUCUCAAGAUGAUGACUUUAAUGAAACAAGGGAAAAUGCUGAUGACCGUAGAGCUAAGCUAAGAGAAAUUGAAUUGAAAGUUAUGCAAUAUCAAGAUGAACUUGAAUCUGGAAAACGGUCCUUAAAAGGUGGUUGGAAUAUUUAUCAACAAGUGGAACAUUAUAGAAGAAAACUUUUGAAAAAAGUUAAUAAAUCUCCAGAAAAAGAAUUAAAACUUGAAAAAGACAAAAAAGAGAAAUUAAAUAAAAGAUUGAGUCCGGAUGAUGAAUACCGAGAUAAUAAAAAAAAAAAGCGUUCAAAAAGUCCUUCACAUAGUCCUGCUUAUAGUAAAUGGUCAUCUCAUAGUAUUAGAAGUGAAAGCCCAAGUCCCCCUUUAAGAAAAAAACAAAUUUCUUCUCCAAGAAGUAACAAAAAAUCUAGAGCUUCACCAGUAGAGUCACCUCGUUCCAUAUCAAAAAGAAGAGAUCGUGAACGUGAAGACAGACAUAGUCAUAGACAUAAAAGAUCAUAUUCUCGUUCUCCUCAUCGUCAUCGAGCGCGUACACCACCAUCUCCAUUAUCUCACUCAUCGAGAAAACAUAAACACAAAUACUAGAUAAAAAAAUAUUGUAUUAUUUGUAAAUUAUUUUUUAUAAAUAAGCCUGAUUAAAUAUAAUUUUAUGUGUAUAAUUCUCAUGAUGUACAAUUUUCCACUUGUUUUUAUAUAUUUUAGUAAAAACUUUUAACAAAUUUGCCAAAUGCAUUACUACAGUUAAAAAUAUUGUUUUUAAAUUAUAAGUUAUAUUAGUCGACUACA